AUGUCGUCCAACUCCACCGUCGAUAACCUGUGUGCACCGGACGACCACCUCUGCCUCACCAGGGAGUACAUGCAGGCUGUGAUCAUCGUCCCCACGCUGCUGUUCCUCGCAACGCUGGUCACUUUGCUCUUCUUGUUCCUGAGGAGGUUCUGUCCUGAGAAGAAACGUCCUCGAGUGACGACACCUGGAAACUACAGCUCGGCCCGCAGACACACACAGAGGCACAGCCACAGGAGUCACCUGCAAGGCAUCGAUGCUCCUCCUGGAAUCGACCCACUAGAACACGAGGAGCUGCCCAUGUCAGUGCAGCAAGUGCAGCAGAAUGUCCGGCCUGCAUUCCCACAGACGUCCACCGAGAGGCGUCACAACGCCUUCAGCCAGGUCACCGCCCUGCCGAUGACCUUCUACAUCAAACCCACAGACACAGUCAGUCUGUACAGAGCCCGCAUGGACAACAGGGACGUGGUCCUCAGAGUGCUGAGAGAGAGAGCGAGCAGCAGUGAGGAGGAGCACUUCCUGGACUUCGCCUCCUUCGUCUCGGGACUGGGACGCCACCCGUAUCUCCCCGAGCUGCUGGGCGUGGUUUCAUUGCAGCCGCCCAUGAUGAUGGUGAUGGAGGAGCUGCAGCACAGAGACCUGCUCGGGUUCCUGUGGAGAAGCAGACAGGACAGCGGAGGGUCAGAGUCGUCCUGGGACAUGACAGAGAAGAGGAUCCACAUCAUGGGAGGACAAGUGGCCUCAGCUCUGGAGUACCUGCACAGUAAAGGCUGUAUCCAUGGCAACGUGGGGGCCCGCAGCGUCCUGGUUGGUGGAGAUCUGACGGCGAAGCUGUGGGGUUUGGGCUCGGCCUAUCGACGGAGACCGCAGCCCAGUUCGCCGGGGGAGUUCCAGGACAUGGAGAUGAAGAAGUGGCAGGCGCCUGAGGUUCUGGCCAGAGGAGUCUUCAGUCCCAGCAGCGAUGUAUGGUCUUUUGGUGUCCUGCUCUAUGAAAUGGUGACUUUGGGUGACCCCCCGUUCGCUCAGAUCCCGACGACUGAACUUCUGCAGCAUCUGCAAAGAGGAAAGAAUCUGAAACGACCAGCGACUUGUUCCAGCUCCUUAUUCUCCCUCAUCACUUCCUGUUGUCACUGGAACCUCAAGCAGCGUCUCUCUAUCCAACAAGUGAUUAACAAACUUCAGGCGGGAGAGAAAUCAGCCAAUGGGAGGACAGUUCUCAGAGCGCCUCAGCCAAUCGACAUCGAGAGAUACCUGAGGGAGGCGGGAUAUGGAGAGGCCUUCAACUAUGCUGUGCUCUGA